CAUAGUUUACUGAUAUAUAUUCACCACAUACAACAGAUAAAGCAUAACUCAACUGUUCUUAUACUCAAUUAUAUUUAAUUGCACACGCUAAUUACAAUGUUCUGCAAAUACCCAAGCAUUCAGGGCAAUCACUGCUAUGGCGGCUUUAACUAUGAGAAUUUUCUGCGAGUUCGAUUUUAGCAACGCCGAGCUGAAAAGGAGGGGCUGGGAGCCACCGACGCCCAUUACCACUGGCACCACUGUGGUGGGUUUACAUUUCAGUGGGGGCGUCAUGAUUGGCACGGAUACGAGGGCAACACGCUUGAAUAUGAUUAGCUCGAAUACUUCCCUAAAGAUUCGUCGGCUGCACAGCAAUAUUUACUGUGGGGGCAGUGGCUAUGCCAGCGAUCUGGUCAAUUUGACCCGCCUGCUGGAAUUACAGAUGGAAAUGCAUUAUAAGAGCACCAAUAAAAGAAGGGUGCCCGUCGUCUGUGCCAAGCAGCUGACCAAGGCACUGCUGAUGCGCUACAUGGGCCGCAUGAUGAUUAGCUUUGUGCUGGGUGGCGUGGAUAGAAGUGGUGUACACCUGUACAGUGUGCACUUCGAUGGCACCACCGAGAUGUGUCUGUACAACUCGAUUGGCACCGGUCAGUAUGGCGCUAUGGGCAUCCUGGAGGAUCGCUGGAAGCUUGGCUUGAGCGAAGAUGAAGCACGCGAACUGAUUGUCGAUGCGGUCAGUGCCGGGAUUAACAAUGAUCUGAUUUCUGGCUCUAGCGUAGAUCUCGUUGUCAUACGAAACGAUUUCAGCGUGGAAAAAUGCAAUGAGAUAAUCCAUACACCCUUAAGACCAGAUCCUUUUCCAGUAUUGACCCAAAAAAUUGACUACAAAAAAUUACUGAAUGAAGUUCAGAUUUUGGAGGAAAGUAUAAUGGAAUUAAAUCAAGUAGUUCCAAAACCAAUUGGGAGGAAACGUGUCAAGAAACCCGUCAGACGAGAUGAAGUGCGUACCACACUAGGAUGCAUACUAAUGAAUCGCAAGCGUAGCGCAGAUUUCGAUAAAGACGAGCCGCCCAAAAAGAAAAGAAAAACUUGGAUUGACGCUUAGUUCACAGGCAACUAAAACGCUCGAACUUAACUGAAUAAAAGUUGUUAAGCAGA